GGAAGUCUGGGGGAGGGACAAGGCUGUUUCUUUUUGUUAUAAUGGGCCCCUUUGUGGAGAUGGAACAAGAGGAAAGUUCUGCCCGUCACAUAGAGCAUCCAGUGUGACUCUCCCCCUUUUGCUACUCACAGGCACCAAGGUCCCUUUUGGGGCUGGAGGAGAGGAGGAGGAGGCGGGGAAAGAGAGGGAAGCUCGGCUCAGGAUGGAACUGCUGGUGCUGCUCAAUGCCCUGGCGACUCGGCUGCUUUUUGCCUUGCACUCCCUGCUUGGAGUCUGGAGGGUGACCAAAGUGACGGAGGAGCCCAAAUACUGGCUGCUGUCAUUGCUCAAUCUCCCGCUCUGCUUCGAAACAGUGCUCACACUCAAGUUUAAGCAAGGCAGAGGCUACAAAUGGUUUUCCCCAGCAAUAUUCAUCUACCUGAUUAGCAUCGUGCCUUCACUGUGGCUUCUGGAGCUUCAUUUUGGGAGUCAGGCUUGCCAUAAUGAAUCGGAUAUGCGGCCUUUCACUCCAAAAUAUGAACCCGCUUAUCAAAGCAAGGCCAUAGAUGGUCCCAUAAUAGGAACGGCCAUAGAAUUUGUCAACACAAUCUCCGCUGUGUGUGAGUCAGUUUGGAUGCUAGGUCUCCACCAGACCUUUCUACUGCUGCUUAUCAUUGGGAGAUGGCUUCUUCCCAUUGGGGGUGAAAUCACCAGGGACCAGUUGUCACAGCUCCUUCUUAUGUUUGUGGGUACUGCAGCAGACAUACUUGAAUUCACUAGUGAGACCAUGGAAAUUGAGAAUGUAAGGACCAACCGUGCUGUCGUGUAUGCAAUCCUAGCCGUAUGGACUUGGAGCAUGCUACAGUUCCCCCUGGAUCUUGCAGUGCAACAUGUUGGCUGCGGUCCCCCAGGCUCCUCAAAGAGGGUCUUCAGUUUGCUUCUUUGCAGACACAGUGCAGACCUAUGGAACAUUGGCAUCAGUUUGUUCAUACAAGACGGCCCUUUCCUCGUGGUGCGCUUGAUACUGAUGGGCUAUUUCCAAGUCAUUAACCAGAUGCUGGUGUUUUUCACAGCUAAGAAUAUCUUAAUUGUGAUGCUACAACUAUACCGUCUAAUGGUGUUAUCAUUAGACUUCCACGCCUCCCUUCAGAAUCGGCCAUAUAGCCGGAAAGGAGGAGUUGGCUGUUGCCCAUGUGAGCCCAACACUAUCAGCCUUCCACCCAGCAACUGUGAUACCGAUGAAAGGGAGCAUCCUUCAAUUGCUCUGGAGGAUUCUUCAUCAGUCACCGUUGACGGCCUGUGAGCUCAGAUCUCCUUUUCAUGAUGUUCAGUCAUUUCCUCCCUUGGCUACAUAGAAAGGGGACUGGCAUAUCAGAGGCAGUCUGAUAUAUUUCCUGUCCGCUUCAAGAUGAAUGUUUGAUUCUAGGAAGCAAGAGGAAGUGUUGGAGCAGCAAACUUGCUUGAAUGGAAAUGUUGCGAUCCUACUGAUUUCAGUAGACUGGCACUAAAUCCACAGUAUAUUUAUUUAAUGGGAUUUAAAUAGAGGUAGUUUUUCAGAACUUAAAGAAAAUGUGAUGCGUUGGAGUACUUAGCUAUUGAUUCUUAAAGACACUGAGCUGUCAGAAUAUUUGCCUAUAGUAUGGUAGAGAACCUAUUUACCUCUUUGGGGAAUCACUUCAACUGUGACAACGGCAUGCAAGUGCUUAUGAAUGAAAUAACACAUCCCUUCCGCUCAUCUGAUGUGGAAACAUUAUACAGUCAAUGAAUGCAAGAACUGUUUUAGUAUUAUGCCUCUCUUGACUAGAUCGGUAAUAAUGCUGGCGUUUACCCCAUGCAGGAAUGUGAAAAGAGCAUGCAGUUCUUUCUUUCAGAAACAGCCAAGCAAGACAUUUCCCCCAAAAUCUUGCUCAGUGUUUCAUCAACAUCAUGCCUGGUUUAACCCCAUAGCAAAUUCACUUUCUUGAAGGAUUUUAUAGCAGUUGUUUUAUACAAAGAUACUUGUCCUUUUCACAAUAUUAGGUCAUUUUAGGAGACCACCAAUCUGUGAUACCUUUUACCUUCUCAAUAUGGUUCCAACUGCUGGGCAAUCAGUAAGAGCCAAUUAUUUUUUAUGGACAGUCUGCAUGAAAACUGAUGAUAGAAAUGCCAGAUGUUGAAGGUAUCUAGUGCAUAUCUGGUUCUCUGUGAGUGUUGUGUGGAUUUCCCUCAGGAUCUGGUCAACAAAUGAAAUUGUGAAAAGUUGUUUUCACAUAUCCUCAGACUUUGAAAAUAAAUGUUGAAUUAGCAAAUGGAUUAUAUGAAUGAAGUGGGGUGGAAUAUUCAGUACUGUAAUCACUGUUGUAAAGGUUGCAUGCUUACAUAUUUUUAUAUAUAUAUAUUUUU